GGAGCAAUUGCAACAGAUGAGUUCUCGAUCGCAAAAUCUAUUCUACGACGUCUCAAUAUACGGGAAAACUUUGUCAGCGUAGCCUUGGCCACAUACGGUACUAAUGCAUCUAUGACCUAUGAUUUCAACAACAACAGAGGCCAAGUUUGUACAAACUUCUUAACCUUACGGAGCCGAGGUAAGGAAGCAACUGAAAUGGCGCCAUCGAGAUACUCCUGUUACGACGACUACACCGCACCACACAACAUCAACCUCAACUCCAACAAGCUCCUCAACUCAAACUUCGACGACGCCGCGCUUCUUGACAUCAACUUCAACUCCACGCCGCACUACUCCAACUUCAGCUUCAACGUCCUCUUCUCCCUCAGUUCCAACUAACACACCAGCCCCUGUGGUGCGGACCAGCAGCGAAUGUGAAUGUGUUCCGAAGACUAUAUGGCUAGACGUUUUCCUUCUCAUGGAAGCAGGCGUGUUUAUGGGCUCUAACGGAAUCGCCUCGGCUACUGACUACAUCGUGUCAGCUUUUGCCAAAAUGACAGUGGGCCAAGCAGAGCAGUUCCAAACCCGAUUAGGAGUCAUUCGCUACGCUAGUAGUGUCGAUCUAAUCGCCGACCUCGAUGUUUACACUUCAACGGAAGAUCUGCUUGAUUUGGACAUAUUGCCGCUGAACGAAACGGAUACGAAUAUUGAGGGGGCGAUCCGCAUGGCAAGAGCGAGAUUCGCAUCCACAUCUCACCGUGCUGCAGCUCGUAAGGUAAUCAUCAUCGUCGGAAGCACUUACAGGGAAGCUGUUCUCAACAAUCCACUGAAAGUUGCCGAGCAAUUUCGUGCAGAAGGUGGGAUCAUCAUUACUAUCGAGUAUGCACAAGAGCACGAAAAAUCUGUGCCAAUGCUCAGAAAACUGGCAUCACCAAACUAUAGCCUGAUUAAUUACAAGGAUGGUAAACAACUGCACGCUCAGAAACUACGUCAACUACUUUGCGAAGCGAAUUGCUUUUGUAAAAAGAAAUGGAUACCGUAUAACACCGACAAAUGGCAAGCACCUCAAGGUGGAUGCUACCAUCCAUUUUUGAUUCCUUCAAUGCAGGUAUAUAUUUAA